AUGAGACAAUUUUUAAAGAGUCUAGCAGUCCUAUAAAAGUCCUCUAAAUUAAAUAGCAAUUUUGGUAGUGUAAGAGAAAGCCAACCAAAAGAAAAACUGAGCGAUUUUGAAAAAUCUUAAAAUGAUAAUAUGAUGAGACUUGUUGAUGAACUUGAUGAAAUGCAUUUAGGUAUCAAAAUAUAAAAACAGCAGGGGCUAAAAACAAAAACAGAUUACAGUAAUGCAAAUGAAGAGUUAUUUAAGCAAUUUAAAUCUAAUUCAGCAAACGAGGCAUUUAAUCUUAUUUAAGAUCACUUAAAGAUCUUUUAUCAACAAAUUAAGGAAGAAAUACUUAAAUCAGAUCAUGAUUAUGUGAAUAAAAUAUCUGGACACUACUAUUCAAAAGAAGGAAAGUUAGUGAGACCUUCACUCAAUUUCUUAUUAUCUUAAAUCUUGUUUGAUGGCACAACAUAAGAAUUCUUUGAGAAAAAAGAUUUAGUAGAAAAAUAAAGACUUUGGGCUGCCGUUAUUGAGAAUAUUCACGUUUCAUCUCUAGUGCAUGAUGAUAUUAUAGAUAAUGCAUUUACAAGAAGAGGUUUAGAAACUGCUCAUGUAAAAUUUGGACAUAGAGAAGCUGUUUUUUCAGGGGAUUAUAUUAUAGGAAGAUCAGGACAAUAAAUUUCACGUUUUAAUGAUAUUAGGAUGUAUUAAAUAUAUUCCCAUAUUAUGGAAAACCUCACUCAUGGUGAAAUUAACUAAGCUAAUUCAAAAAGAACCUAUAAAUAUGAUUUGGAUGAAAUAAUUAACUAAUACAUAUUAAAGACCUAUUACAAGACUGCUUCUUUAAUGGCAUUUAGUGCUUAAGGAGUUGGCAUAAUUUUGAAUUAGGAUUUCCAUAACUAAGAAUGCUUAUUUAAGUUUGCUCAGCAUCUAGGUAUCAGCUUUUAAUUAGCAGACGAUAUGCUUGAUUAUACUAGUGACUCUGCUUAACUAGGUAAAGCAGCUCUAGCUGAUUUAAAAGAAGGUAAUGUAACAGGACCAGUGUUAUUUGCCCUUGAAGAAAUAGAUGGUACUGAAGAACACAGAUAAAUAACAGCUAUGCUUUAAAAGCAUCCUAAAGGACUAGAUGAUAACUAAGUUAAAAUAGGUAGAUAUAUACUUUAGCAUUUAAACAUACAUUUAUAUUUAUAUUUUAUAAAUUUUUUAAUGUUAUAAAAUAAACAAAAAACAUAAAUUUUUCUUUCAAUUACUGUAAAAUUAAAAAUUAAAAAUUUUAAAUUGAACAAAAUUAAACUCAUUUUUUAUGCAACCAAAUAGUUGACUAAUUAGUUAAGAAAACAUAUGGCUUAGAAAAAACAACUAACUUAGCACUUAUUCAUAGUUAAAGAGCUUUAGAAAAUCUUCAAAACUUGA